GCUCCCGCCGCGCACAUCUCUUCCCUCUACUCCCGAGGACGUCGUCGACAACUAUGAGCUGGAUUCAAUCGAGGCUGGCGCGUAGUGCUGUUCAGGGCUGCCGCACUUUCUCGGCAUCUGCGUCCUCACGGUUCGGCUCGCGCUCAGCUGCUCUCGCCAGAACUGCAUUACACCAGCGGAAGUCUCUCACGUCUUCUGCACUCUUCUGGGGAUCCGCGUUUGCGGUUACUGCUGGCCUGACCUUUAAUCCGACUGUUCAUCUCGAUGGCGAGGCAGCGCCUGCACCCGUAGAAGAGGAAGAGACUCGCGUUGACCCCGCGACGUCUAUCGCAUUUCCUACGACGUUGAAGAUUCAGUCGAAGGCGCCGCUACCAACCUUUACUCUUGUGGGACUUGGAGUGCGGACUGUGUCAUUCCUCGGCAUCAAGGUGUAUUCCAUAGGGUUCUACGCCGACCUCUCCAACCCCAAACUUGCAACAAUACCGCAAGACGCGACUCCUGAGGAGAAGAUUGAAUACAUUGUCAAGAGCUCUGCUUGUGUGCUACGCAUUAUCCCCACGCGAUCAACGUCAUACAGUCAUUUGAGGGACGGGUUCAUGCGUGCGCUGCAAGCGCGCCAGAUUUUGUGCAAGAAGCGGGAGCAGCUUACCUCUGAAGAGGAACUUGCCAUCCAGUCACCUCUGCGCAAGCUGAAGUCAAUGUUCCCGAACACCCCACUUGGCAAGCAUUCUCCGCUAGACAUCUUGAUCACCGCGCCGUCGCCCAAAGAGCCGCGAAGCCUCAUCGUGCGCGACCUGGGUUCCGUCCAGAGCGAUUGGCUGGCGCGUGAAUUUGUCCUGACGUACUUUGAGGGCAAAGGUCUCAGCCCGCCGGUAAGCCCAAACCGUGUUCGUGUUCUGCGCGUCGCGAACUGACUUGAGUACAGCUGAAGGACUCCGUAGUGGAAUAUGUCAAGGAGUAUCUGUAAUCCGGAAUGCUCCGUCUACCUUACAUGUACAAGUAGCUUAUCCGCC